AUGUCAACGUACGUACUAGUGAAGAAACUCAUAAGCUUCCUUGAAACAAUUACUCCAAAGCCAUGUUGCCGCAAUACUUGUCUAGCAACAGCACUACCACUGGUUCCGAAGACAAUUAAGUACUCUGAAGCGAUUUUGCAUGAAACAACAGCCAUUGUCUGCAAUAGAGAACUACUUGUGGACUUGGAAGCAGAUGGUGGUAUUGCUGAUAUUGAUAACAGCUUCAUGGAUCAGCAGCUUUGUACAACCUUUGCUUGUGACAUUUACAACCACUUGCGAGCAUCCGAGGUCAAGAAAAGGCCUUCCACUGAUUAUAUGGACAAAAUUCAGAAAGACAUUAAUCCAAGCAUGCGUGCAUUACUAGUCGAUUGGCUUGUGGAGGUAGCCGAAGGCUGUAGCUUUGUACCUGAGACAUUGUAUUUGGCUGUGAACUACAUAGAUCGAUAUCUUUCGGGGAUUCCUAUCAAUAGAGAACGGUUAAAGUUACUUGGUGUUGCAUGCUUGAUGCUUGCAUCAAAAUAUGAAUAUAUGUGUACACCCUCGGUUGAAGAGUUCUGUGACCUUACUAAUAACAUUUAUUUGGUGGAAGAGGUCUUGGAAAUGGAAUCUUCUGUGUUGAGUUACUUGAAGUACGAAAUGACAGCCGUAACAACUAAAUGUUUCUUAAGCCGAUUUGUUCGAGCUGCUCAAGGGGCCAAUGAGCUUCCAUCAUUGCAUUUGGAGUGCUUAGCGAACUACCUUGCAGAACUAUCUCUUCUCGAUUACAGCAUGCUUUGUUAUGCCUCAUCACUUAUAGCUGCUUCUGCAAUUUUCCUGGCCAAUUACAUAAUGAUACCUUCAAAGAGGCCAUGGAAUGCUACCUUGCAGCACUACACGCUUUACCAGCCUUCGGAUUUGCGCAACUGCGUCAAGGAUCUCCAUCGCCUAUGUUGCAAUAACCAGAGUUCUACUUUACCUGCUAUCAUAGAGAAAUAUAGUCAACAUGAGUACAAGUGUGUUGCCGAGAAGCAGUGCCCAGCUACAAUCCCUGAAGAGUACCAAGCAUAG